UCAAAAGACAAAAUCCAAAUAAAAACUCACUUACAAAACACCUCAUAAGUCAUAAGUCAUCUUUUUGGCUCAAUUAAAAUAAAAAAACAACAAAAUAAUAAUGAAAUAAAAUAAUUCCCACCUACUUUAAUAACUUGUGAGUACAAACUACAAACCAUUACUACAAAGUCAUUACUAAGUGUAGUUAUACUACUAUAAAUAGAGGGAGAAUUAAAGCCAUAAUCAUUCAAGCUUCACCUUUAAAAUUCUCUUAAAAGUUCCUUUUCUCCUUCAUUCCUUCCUUCCUUCCUCGCUAUCUUUCUAAGCUUAUAAUUAGAAAAAUGGGUUCACUUGAUGCUAGUAAUGUAAGCAUUGGGAGGACCACAAUGCACCGUCUGAUCGCCGAGGAAGGAUCAGUGUUGAUGCCCGGUAUCCAAGACGCUUUCUCCGCCGCCAUUUGCGCUAAAACCGGCUUCAAAGCUUGCUUUGUCUCCGGUUUCGGUGUUUCCGCUGCUCUUCUUGGCUUGCCCGACUUUGGCUUGCUCACAACCGCAGAAGUAGUAGACGUUGUCCGUAGAAUUACUGCAGCUGCUCCUAGUUUAUGUGUUGUUGUUGACGGAGACACCGGAGGUGGUGGUCCUCUCAAUGUCCAAAGAUUCAUUAAGGACUUGAUUGCAGCUGGUGCUAAGGGUGUUUUCCUUGAGGACCAAGUAUGGCCAAAGAAGUGCGGUCACAUGCGCGGAAAGGCAGUUGUUCCUGCAGAAGAGCACGCACUUAAAAUCGCUGCAGCAAGAGAAGCCAUCGGUGAAUCCGAUUUCUUCUUGGUUGCAAGGACUGAUGCCCGUGCACCCCACGGUCUUCAAGAAGCUAUUAGACGUGCUAACCUUUAUAGAGAGUCUGGAGCUGAUGCCACCUUCGUCGAGGCACCAGCCAACAUUGAUGAGCUAAAGGAAGUUGUAAAUGGUACCAAAGGUUUGAGAAUUGCAAACAUGAUUGAAGGUGGAAAGACACCAUUACAUACACCAGGUGAGUUUAAGGAAAUGGGAUUCCACUUAAUUGCCCAUUCCCUAUCAACAAUCUAUGCUACAACCAAGGCUUUGGUAGAUAUCAUGAAGGUAUUGAAGGAAAAGGGUACUACUAGGGAUGAUUUGGACAAGAUUGUUACUUUCUCUGAAUUUAAUGACAUGAUUAGCUUGGAAUCUUGGUAUGAACUUGAAAAUAAGUUCAAGAAUUUCACCCCAAAAACUGCUUAAUUAUGUUGCCUAAGUUGGAUUAUGAAGGCAUGAUUAUGUGAUCUAGUUUGUCCAAAUUAUGGAAUUAGAAAAUUGUGAGCUUGAAUUCACAUUAUUGUUAUUUGUUUGAUAUUUGUUUGGAAUAAUUUAAUGGAGUAAUGUUUUUAGCUUAGUUUUGAGUUUUGUAUGAGAGCAUAUGGUUCAUAUGCAUUGUAAUCUUUCAUCUUUCAUCUUUCAUCUUUCAUCUUUCAUCAAUCUUGUAAGUUGUUUUUCUAUACCAAAUUAAUAAAUAUCAUUGGUAUCUA